GUUACCUGUUUAUAUCGUAUCUAAAUAAAAUCUUUAGAAAACAUAAAAUAUUGUAGUUCAACAGAUUAGCUUAAUUUGGAAGUGUUCAGCUUUAAUCACAAUUAAAUACAUCUAAAAUACAAUUUUACCUUCAGAACCAUGACUCAGCAAGAACGACCCACCUCGAUGAAGUCAUUAUCCAUCGAGAAAUACUGUAAGCCAGAUGAAUAUCAGAUUCUUGACCUUCCAGUACCAAAAAUCAGUGGACCAAAGGAUGUACUCAUCAAGGUCAAUGCUGCAUCUAUAAAUCCAAUUGAUGUGAAGAUUGCCUCAGGAAUGGCCAAAAUGAUUUGGCCACAAACUUUUCCGUACAAAAUCGGCUUAGACGUUUCUGGCAUAAUCGUUGAUAUAAGUCCGGAAGCACUUGCUUUGAAUCCUGAUCUGAAGCACGGAACUGAAGUGUUCUCACGUGUUCCAGAGCAUUGUCAUGGUACUGUAGCCGAAUAUGCUCUAUCUACCGUAUCUGCAACAUUUCCAAUACCACGAACACUAUCACACAUUGAGUCAGCGUCGAUACCACUUGCAUCGCUCACUUCACUGCAAGUACUAGAUCGAGCAGAUGCGGCUCUUGAUGGUGGAUUGAAAGGAAAAACUGUGUUUAUCCCAGGUGGGCUCGCUGGCACAAGUAGUAUGGCAAUACAGUUGGCUAAAAAUGUGUUCAAGGUUGGAAAAAUCAUAACAACUGUUUCAACCGCAAAAGUUUCUAAGGUUGAGGAACUGCUUGGAAAAAAUGUCGUUGAUCAGAUCAUCGAUUAUACAAAGGAGGAUCCUGCAGGAGUGAUUCCGAGUGGGUCGGUCGACUUUAUGUUUGACACUAUGGGCCAGGCCACAGCUUUACUGAAGAUUUUAAAAAAAGGGGCAGUUAUCGUCAGCGUCAGUGGUAUCCCAUUCGGUCCGGAUCUCAAGAAAAGAACACCUGAUCUACCAAUGCACGUUGGAGGUCUUCUGGGUUUUCUUGGUGGGAUCACAAAGUUCAGAGCCUGGUGUCAUGGUGCUUCAUAUUCUUAUUUGUUUAUGGAGCCCAAGGCAUCAGAUCUGGCUAGACUUAGCCAAUAUAUCGAUGACGGGAAGCUUAAACCUGUUGUUGGUAGAGUAGCUAAGUUUGAAAAUUUACAGGAAGUUAGAGCGGGUUGUCAGGAAGUAUAUAGUGGGAAAGGGGGUAUUGGGAAAUUUGUUAUUGAAGUUAAAAAUAAUUAAAAAAUGGCAAAUAAGUAAAAGAAAAUAUUUUUAUAUGGGCACAAGGCACAAGGGAUCAAAUAAAACCAGAUUGAAAUAAAAACGAAUUUUUUAUGGUUUCCAGUA